CAAGAAAUCUCAGCGGACAGUUCAGCCAAAAAAAGAAAGCUGGAGCAAUCGUAAUCGGUUUCCCACCUGCUCGUGUAUCUUCUUUCUUUUUCUCUAUUUAUAGCCAUUGGUUUUAGUAGCCUUCCAUAUCAUUCAACGAGUAUGGCUCCUCCUGGCUUGUUGAGCUUAUGUGUGCUGAUCUUGGUGGUCAUGCCUCAUAGGGCAUAUGGCUCGAGCCGUGGUCCGUUUGGCCGAAAGAAUGGUGCUGCCGCUACAGCGGAUAGUGGAAUAUGCGCUACCUCGGUGACCAUCUACGGUUACAAAUGCGAGGAACAUGAAGUGACGACCCAAGAUGGCUUUAUCCUUAACAUGCAAAGAAUUCCGGAAGGACGUGUCGGUGGGAAAAGUACUGGUGGAAACAAGAAGCAGCCAGUAUUGAUCCAACAUGGUGUCCUUGUGGAUGGAAUGACAUGGCUUCUGAACUCACCAGAGCAAAAUCUACCAAUGAUUUUGGCUGAUAAUGGCUUUGAUGUAUGGAUUCCUAACACUAGAGGGACAAGAUUCAGCAGAAAGCACGUUUCACUCGACCCUACCCAGCCGGAUUUCUGGAAUUGGUCAUGGGAUGAACUGGUGACUUAUGAUCUACCAGCUGUUUUUGACUUCGUGUUCAACCAGACAGGGCAGAAGAUUCAUUACAUUGGCCAUUCCCUGGGAACUCUGAUAGGUUUGGCAUCCUUCUCAGAGGGCCAUCAGGCGGACAAGCUGAAAUCCGCAGUCCUAUUAAGCCCAAUUGCAUACUUAAGCCACAUGACUACUGCACUCGGUAUGGUUGCUGCCAAAGCCUUUGCUGGUGAGAUAACUACAUUGUUUGGAAUAGCAGAAUUUAAUCCGAAAGGAAACGAGGCAACUGUUUUUCUCAACUCUUUGUGCAAUUAUCCUGGAGUUGACUGCUAUGAUCUAUUAAAUGUACUUACUGGUAAUAAUUGCUGUCUCAAUUCAUCCACGGUCAACCUUUUCUUAAAGAAUGAGCCUCAAUCCACAGCAACCAAAAACAUGGUGCACUUGGCUCAAACUGUUAGAGAUGGGGUUCUUGCCAAAUACAACUAUGGCAGACCAGACUACAAUGUGAUGCACUAUGGAGAAGCCAGACCACCACUUUACAAUAUCUCCAACAUUCCUCAUGACCUUCCUAUCUUCAUGAGCUAUGGAGGCCAAGAUGCUCUCUCUGAUGUCCAAGAUGUUCAGCUGCUGCUUGACCAUCUGAAGUUCCAUGAUGUUGGCAAGCUCGCCGUUCAGUACAUCAAAAAUUAUGCUCAUGCGGAUUUCAUUAUGGGAAUAAGCGCCAAGGAUAUUGUGUAUAAUCAAGUUGUUCAGUUCUUUAAAAAUCAUCAAUGAUCCCUGAAAGAAGUUUCAGUUUUUUUUUUUUUGAGAGAUAAGACUUGUAGGCUUUUAAUCUUUGAUCAAUAAUAAAUCACUU